AUUGGAGAAAUCGCUUGUAUGCAUGGUCUAUCACCGAAUAGCAAAAGACACUUACUGGAUCGUGGAUGUUGGUCAGAACUGCAUAUGAUUUUGCAACAUGGGUCAUAAAAGCUGCGGCAGAACCAGAUGUGUCCAUUUCUGUCUUCGGUACAAAUUAUGUUGGAAAAUGUAUGGUCGCACUUAUCAAAAGACAGCAAGAACAGGAUUAAGAAGCAAGGCAAGCGGGAGAAACUCUGUUAGAAGAAGCGACAAAUGGUUUCGAGGUAGACUCCUGCCUAGGAUUGUAUUCAUCACUCCACAGUGUAUGUGUAGUUUGUCGUAUUGAAACUUUUUUCUUUUUCUGUUAUUCACGAACUUAUCCGAACAUGUCCGACGAUUUGAAAAAAGAGCGUUCCCGCCUCCUCAACAAGCAAAAGGAGGAGCGGACGGGGAUAGAGAAGCAGUUGAAGAAGGCAAAGGGGGCCAUGAAGGAGAAAUUUGAGAAGGAGCUGGAGCAGCUCGAGGCGAAACACGCCGAGGAGAUGCAGGCACUGGAAGCUGGUGCUACUGGAACAUCUUCAAAUAGUGCAAGCACGUCCUCCGACCAAGGUGGUAAAAAAGGCAAGGAGAAGGCGUUCAAGAUUUUCAAGGACGCGCAAUGGGACGCGUACUCGAAAACCGAGCUGGCGGAGGCGUGCCAGGAGCGGGGCCUGGGGAAGAAGGGGGGAAAAGAGGAGUUGAUCAUGAAAUUGAUCUCUUUCCACCAGGAGCAAAGAAAAAAACUCGAAGCGAACCCGGAACUAGCGAAGAUAGCGGAGGAGGAAGCCAACAAGAAGGGAGGCAGAGACGAAGAAAAGGUAAAUCUAUAUUAUAAUACCAGUACUAUAAUACCAUAGUGACGAUGUAGCAGUGCUGUAGUACUACCACGGUAGAAAAUUUCCUAUAUUAGCGCCAGACGAAAAUAAUCGUGCACCUUACAAAAGAAGGAAGAUUACCUUUUCAAAAGGCUUACUACGCUUGUUGUAUGAGCCCCAUCUUCUUUUUAUGUUCACGAAAAUAAUAAACGCCACAGGACCAGGACGACAGCGACGACAACGAGAGCGCGGACGAGGAGGACAGCGAAGAUAUCACACCAAAAAGUGUUACCGUUAAACGGAAUUUCGAAUGCAGUAAUGUAUGAGGAAUGUUCUUGAUGAGAAAUGUUCUUGAUACCCAAAUUUCUUUUUGUAUUGCAUGUGCAUGCAUGAAAGACGAAAUUUGUCAUGCAUGACUGCAAUUUCUCAAAUCCGUUAAUGCUAAAACACUUUUUUACUCGAUAAAAGAUAGCGACGAGGACGAGGACGCAAAGGAAAUUUUGAACGUGAGUCCCGAAGAGGCUGAGAAGCAAUUCAAGCGGGAGCAGCACGUGCGGAAAGCCCUGCGGCACGUCUUACUGAAAACGGGCCCGUGCUCCCUCGAGGAAAUCCCAAAGGUGAUAUUUUCUUUUAAGUGAUUCUGUUUUUAGUAGGUACGUGCUCUUCAUCACAGCUCAGAGAAUACAGCAAUGCAUCAAAACAUGGAGAUCAUAGACUUCUUCGUGGAAGCGCCAGUGGCAUUUCAUCUUGCAUCUACAUGGAGAUGGAGUGUAAUUCUUUAAAAUCACGUCCUAAUCGAAACUUUCCACAGGUUCUGGAGAGCGUGGUGAAGGGGUUUACGCCGGAAAUUCUUGGCUACACGAGUUUGCGAAAAUUCGCAAAAAAUCAGCCGAAAAAGUUUAUGCGGUUUGACAAAAAGGAAAACAUGUGCCAUCCACCGAAGGAAUAGCAUAAGCAUAACAACAAGAUAAAGCUUGAAAAUAAAUGUACUUCUUCAGCGACAUCUUCUGCGUAUAGAGAACGGUAUCUACUGAAGAUCAGAGUCACUACUCACUAGCUGUAGACGCACGUUUUCUGCUUGGUCGCAAACCGAACGUCCUAACAUCUCCCGAGGCGUCUCGGUCGUGGUUGCCACCC